AUGCCACUCGUUGUCCCAGGAAUCAACAGCUCAUUUGGCGAUAAGUCCGAGUGGGUCAACAAGCUGAUGGGCAAGACGAUCAGCGACACUACUAAUGAGACAUCUUUUGCAAAGAAGGAUCUUCCUGAAUCUCACCGGGUGUUGAAGCCAGGUGACGCGAAGACCAUGGAUCACAAUCCAAACAGACUUAACAUCCUUGUUGAUGAUGCUGGAGAGGUGCAUGAUGUGAACUACGGUUAG